UCCGGUCUGCUGGGCGCUGGGCUUUGAGAAGUUAUUGUUGCGGUGGUCGCGAUGGGGAAGUCAGAUUUUCUUACCCCCAAGGCCAUCGCCAACAGGAUCAAGUCCAAGGGGCUUCAGAAGCUGCGCUGGUAUUGCCAGAUGUGCCAGAAGCAGUGCCGGGACGAGAAUGGCUUUAAGUGUCACUGUAUGUCUGAAUCGCAUCAGAGACAACUAUUGCUGGCUUCAGAAAAUCCUCAGCAGUUUAUGGAUUAUUUUUCAGAGGAAUUCCGAAAUGACUUUCUAGAACUUCUCAGGAGACGCUUUGGCACUAAAAGAGUCCACAACAACAUUGUAUAUAAUGAAUAUAUCAGCCAUCGAGAGCACAUCCAUAUGAAUGCUACUCAGUGGGAAACUCUGACUGAUUUUACUAAGUGGUUGGGCAGAGAAGGCUUGUGCAAAGUGGAUGAGACACCAAAAGGAUGGUAUAUCCAGUACAUAGAUAGGGACCCAGAAACUAUCCGCCGACAAUUGGAACUAGAGAAAAAGAAGAAACAGGACCUUGAUGAUGAAGAAAAAACUGCCAAAUUUAUUGAAGAGCAAGUGAGAAGAGGUCUUGAAGGAAAAGAACAGGAGGCCCCCAUUUUUACAGAAUUAAGUAGAGAAAAUGAUGAAGAAAAAGUUACAUUUAACUUGAAUAAAGGAGCAUGCAGUUCAGCGGCAGCAUCUUCCAAAUCAAGUUCUUUGGGACCAAAUGCAUUGAAGACGAUGGGGUCUGCAGCAUCAGUGAAACGGAAAGAAUCUUCUCAUAGUUCAGCACAGUCAAAAGAGAAGAAAAAAAAGAAAUCUGCACUUGAUGAAAUCAUGGAGAUUGAAGAGGAAAAGAAAAGAACUGCCAGAACAGACUAUUGGCUACAGCCUGAAAUUAUUGUGAAAAUUGUGACCAAAAAACUUGGAGAGAAAUAUCAUAAGAAAAAGUGUAUUGUUAAGGAAGUAAUUGAUAAAUAUACGGCUGUUGUAAAGAUGAUUGAUUCUGGAGACAAGCUGAAACUUGACCAGACUCAUUUAGAAACAGUAAUACCAGCACCAGGAAAAAGAAUUCUAGUUCUAAAUGGGGGCUACAGAGGAAAUGAAGGUACUCUAGUAUCCAUCAAUGAGAAGACUUUUUCAGCUACUAUAGUCAUUGAAACUGGCCCUUUAAAAGGACGCAGAGUUGAAGGAAUUCAGUAUGAAGACAUUUCUAAACUUGCCUGAGUUUGAAAAUUUGUUAACAACACAUUAAAAUUCCAAAGCAUCAAAUUGGUGUUCUCUAAGGCAUUAUCAGACUCUACUGUGUUAGGGUGUUUCUUUUGUAUAAAACGAAUAGAUUUAUUUAAAUAGUGCUGUAUAAUUGUUUAGCUAAGCUUACAUAGAACUGUAAUUAUGUCUUAUGAAGUAUCAGAAUUCUGUAAUUUUGUUCUUGCUUUUGUUUUUUUGUAAUAUUUCCCUGAGGUUUUUAAAAUCUUUAUUUAAAGAACGUUGUUGUAAAGUGUUUUAUACAAGACAAAUUAGAAUCAUAUAAUUGGAGGAAAUUCUUCAAUUGGAGAAAAUACUCAAAACAUAUUUUCAGGAGUAAAUUUGAACUGUAAAUAUAAUAACAGCUUUUAUUGAGAUAUAAUUUACAUAUCGUACGGUUCACUCAUUUAAAGUUUACUAUUCAGUGGGGAUUUUAAUAUAUUCACAGAGUUGUACAACCAUCACCACUAUCUAUUUUUAGAACAUUUUCAUCACCCCAAAAGAAAUCUUGUACCCAUUAGCAGUCAUUCCCAUGGUGCUUCUCUCCCCAGCCCCUAACAACCAACCUUAUCUUUGUCUCUGGAUCUGCCUGUUCUGUAAAAGGAAUCACUCAAUGUGUGGCCUUUGAUGACUUACUGCUUAUAUUAGCAUAAUGUCUUCAGGGUUCUCCAUAUUGUAUCAUGUGUCAGAACUUCAUUCGUUUUUACAAUUGAAUAAUAUUCCACUGUAUGUA